UGUGGGCAGGGUGCUAUGGGCGUCUCAAGCUCGAAUCCUGGAUCAAGAACAAUGGACAUGCAUGUGUUUUUCCUGCUUUGUACUUUUGUGGUGCCUUGUUUUACAGACACCACUACAGCUGAAGCCAGAAAUCUUGCUUUAUAUGGCAAGGCCACACAAUCAGACCUGGUCGAGAAUCCUUGGUCUGCAGAUGGCCAUGCCAUUAAUGCUGUUGAUGGCAAUCGUGACUCACAUUAUGAACACGGAUCCUGUACUGCUACUACAUUGCAAGAUGAUCCAUGGUGGAGGUUAGACUUACUAGACAAGUACGUAGUGACCUCCAUAACUAUCACCAACCGAAAAGACUGCUGUCCUGAAAGGCUUGAUGGAGCUGAGAUACACAUUGGGAACUCUCUGCUGAACAACGGCAACAGCAAUCCAAUGGCUGGAAAGAUUUCAUCCAUUCCAGGUGGGAGAUCCCUCACGUUCAAAUGGAAGAAAGGCAUUCCAGGCCGGUACAUCAAUGUGGUCAUACCUGGAUCUAAUCGACUUCUUACCCUCUGCGAGGUCGAGGUUUAUGGUUAUCCAGCUCCUGAUGGUGAAAAUGUGGCUUUAAAAGGGAGAGCUACACAGAUUUCCCUCUAUGGAAACGGCUUUGCAUCCAAUGCCGUUGAUGGGAACAAAGAUGGUGUGUACGGUCAUGGAUCCUGUACCCACACCAAUAAAGCUCUCAAUCCCUGGUGGAGACUGGACCUACUGAAAAGGCACAAAGUGUUUUCAGUAGUAAUUACAAACACAGUAGACAGUGUUCCCCAAAGAUUAAAUGGGGCAGAAAUCAGAAUUGGAAACAGUCUGGACAACAAUGGCAAUAACAAUCCCAGGUGUGCUGUGAUCUCUUCCAUUUCUCCUGGUUUUUCCUCCACCUUUGAAUGUGAUGGGAUGGAAGGACGUUAUAUUAAUGUUGUUAUCCCAGGACGGGAAGAAUAUCUUACACUGUGUGAGGUUGAAGUGUACGGAUCACCACUGGAUUGGAAAAUGAAAAUGCACAUAUUUUUCAUACUUUGGAUUUUUGUGAUGCCUUAUUUUACCGACUCAACUGCAGCUAAAGCCAGAAAUCUUGCUUUAUAUGGCAAGGCCACACAAUCAGACCUGGUCGAGAAUCCUUGGUCAGCAGAUGGCCAUGCCAUUAAUGCUGUUGAUGGCAAUCGUGACUCACAUUAUGAACACGGAUCCUGUACUGCUACUACAUUGCAAGAUGACCCAUGGUGGAGGUUAGACUUACUAGACAAGUACGUAGUGACCUCCAUAACUAUCACCAACCGAAAAGACUGCUGUCCUGAAAUGCUUGAUGGAGCUGAGAUACACAUUGGGAACUCUCUGCUGAACAACGGCAACAGCAAUCCAAUGGCUGGAAAGAUUCCAUCCAUUCCAGGUGGGAGAUCCCUCACGUUCAAAUGGAAGAAAGGCAUUCCAGGCCGGUACAUCAAUGUGGUCAUACCUGGAUCUAAUCGACUUCUUACCCUCUGCGAGGUCGAGGUUUAUGGUUAUCCAGCUCCUGAUGGUGAAAAUGUGGCUUUAAAAGGGAGAGCUACACAGAUUUCCCUCUAUGGAAACGGCUUUGCAUUCAAUGCCGUUGAUGGGAACAAAGAUGGUGUUUAUGUUCAUGGAUCCUGUACCCACACCGAUAAAGCUCUCAAUCCCUGGUGGAGACUGGACCUACUGAAAAGGCACAAAGUGUUUUCAGUAAUAAUUACAAACACAGCAGACAAUGUACCUCAAAGAUUGAAUGGCGCAGAAAUCAGAAUUGGAAACAGUCUGGACAACAAUGGCAAUAACAAUCCCAGGUGUGCUUUGAUCUCUUCCAUUUCUCCUGGUUUUUCCUCCACCUUUGAAUGUGAUGGGAUGGAAGGACGUUAUGUAAAUGUUGUUAUCCCAGGACGGGAAGAAUAUCUCACACUGUGUGAGGUUGAAGUGUACGGAUCACCACUGGAUUGAGAAGCACUUACUUCUUUUUUUUAAUGUAAUACUUAUUAUUUAAAAGUAUUAAUGUAACGAGUAUAAAUUGUUAUCUUAAUCCUUGUUUUCACAAUAUUUGCUCUUCCAAUUGAUAUUACGAGAUACCAAAGAAAAAAAACAUACAGAAAAAAAAAACAGAUGUAAAUUAAUUUAUUCAAAGAAAACUUGACAAUGCCCACACUUUUUGACAGCUGGGGGAAAUGUAAAGAAAUUAUUAUUAUUUUUUUUUAUCUUGCAAAAUGUAAAAAUAUGUAAAACAAGACGUGAACACUUCAUCAUAAUAAAACUAUUAUAAUACAACUCACUAUAAAUCUGUACAUAAAUAUAUGUGUGUGUUCUAAAAUAAAGCAACAGAUUAGUUAUUAUUAAAGUAACACAAAUAUAUAACACUAUAAGUCAAGAUCAUCUAUUUUUUUUUAAAACAAAUACUUUGCAGAGUUCUCAUAAAGUUGUAUUGAAUUCUAUUCCAUAUUGUAAACAUUAAAUUAGAGAAGAAUGCUGCGUAGAAAUACUAAGGCCCAGGCUGACCCCUAGUGGAGGGUGGACCUGUAGAAAAUGCCCCUAAUAACCAAGACAAAAAGAUGAUUGAUGGAGCUCAGCAGCCCACUGGAGUAUGUUAUCAUUUGUGCUCACCUGAUAAACUGUGAUGCUCUACUUAUGAACUGAAACUCAUGUAAUGCUAUGGAUAUAUUCUCUGUAUUCAGUGUUUUAAUCUGCUAAUCUCAUUCGAUUUCACCAGACUCUCCAUCUUCUGCUCUUUUUCUAAACAUAAAAAAUAUAAAGAGUGUUUGUUUGUUAAGAUAUGACAAAGUGCAGCAGCCAGAAUUUUGUUAUUCUAGCGGUAAUCAUAUUGACUCUAAAAGCCAUUCUAUUAUUAUGUUAUUUAGCUUCAUUAAAACUCAGAAUUUCUCAAAACGAUUAUGUUUUCUUACUCCGCUUUUAAAGGAUUCCCAGCAUUCCAGGUCAUCGACGACCGUAAAACACUCAUCAUUGCCACUCAGAAGGCUUAAUAAAAUUAUAGUUAGACAUAUUUAGUUUUUCCCUUAAGUAUUCACAGCACACUAUGAACAAAUAAGUCAAUUUCCUUGUGGUAACUAAUUAUCUUUUCUGAGAAAUAAUUAUGAAAAUACAAUAGCCAAAAUAAUACUGAGGCUUAGUUCAUUCACCCAAAGACUACAUUUCCCAGAAUGCAUUGCUCCGUAUACCGGAAAAUGAACCCACAUUCUCGCAAUCUUUUGCUUUUGCCGAACAUGUUUCGCUUCAAGAUACGUAAUGUAAACAUAGGUGUACUAUCAAGUCAAUAGCAGCUAAUUUUACAAUUCCUCGUUUGCUCUUUGAGAUACGACAGAACUUUUUCUUUUAACUGAUUUGCAUUCAUUUUUGUUUAUUUUGACAUUUAUGUUUAUUCAUUAAACGAUCAAGACUUUUCCUAAAUGAUCUCAGUUGUCAAUUCCAGCCAAAAAUUGAAAGUGAAUGUCUAUAUCUGGCUUUUAUUCUAGUACUAAUAAAUACUUCUUAACGUGUAACCUGGCGCUAGGAGAAGCAUUAUAAUACAAACCAACUGUUUGCUAAUUUCAAUCUCCAGAAUGAAGCAGGAACACAAAGACCUCGUUUUGAAAGCAUGUGGAGCAAAGUCUCUGUAGAUUGGUGCAAACUAAGAUUCAGACUUUGUGGAGCAGUUAUGGUGAAAUAUUAUGAUUCCCUUGAAGGGAUGUGACCGUCCCUCUGUGGGUGUCAAACAUGUGACGUUUCCCUAAAACCAGAAACAUCCAGGGGGCUAGAACACAGACAUUUCUCACCAGUGCAAGUUGCGAUCCUAUCAAGUAGAAAGUCACUGGUACCAAAGCUACACUACUAAAGAAUGCUGCCGCCAAGUCAUUUGGUGAUGA